AUGGCUUCCAGGACAAGCCUUGAGGUCCCACUUGAAUAUGGGUUCUGUUGGCAGGUCGAAUACCAUGCUGACCACACAACACUAGUUCUGAUGCUCUUUGCUAGGGUGCUGGUGACUUGACUUGAGGCUGCUAAACUCACUGUAGGCUUCCAGGCCCCCUGGAACAUCUCCCAUCCUUCUGUGGCAAAGACUGGGUGCAGGCUCCAGAUUGCCAUGGACAAGGUCAACUCAGAGCCAAAGGAUCUUGGAAACUUCAGCUGGGCAUUCACUUACACCAACUUAGCCUGCAGUGCCAAGGAGUCCCUUGCUAUCUUCAACCAGGUUCAGAGAGAAUAUAUUUCUGCCCUGUUUGGACCAGCAUGCCCAGAAGCAGCAGAGGUUAUUGGUUUGCUGGCCUCUGAGUGGAACGUCCCCAUGUUUGACUUUGUUGGACAAAUUGCAAAACUGGAAAAUCACUUCUUAUAUGAUACCUGGGUGAAACUGGUUCCACCCAAGCAGGAAAUUGGUGAUGUGCUCUAAAAAAGUCUCCAGCACCUGGGCUGGAAGCACAUUGGGAUGUUUGGAGGCUACUCUGGGGUUUCCUCCUGGGAUGGAGUAGAUGAAUUAUGGAGGGCCGUAGAGAAUGGACUCAAAUCCCCUUUCACCAUCGUUGUCAGUAGAUACACCAACAAUAACCCAGGUGUCCUUCAAGAGAAUCUUAGAAGCAUGUCAUCAAUUGCCAGGGUUAUCAUCUUAAUCUGCAACUCAGAGGAUGCAAAAAUUAUUCCACUGGCAGCAGAGGACCUGAGACUGAACACCAGAGAAUUUGCCUUCAUCAUUCUGCAGCAGUUGGAGGACAGUAUUUGGAAGGAGGCAUUGACAAAUCGGAAGGUGAUGCACUUCCCAAAGGUGUAUGAGUCAGUGCUUUUCAUUGCCCUGAGCUCCUACGGAAAAGGCCCUGGAGAAGGCAUCUGGAAACAAGUCUACCAAAGGCUGAGGAGGCCGCCCUUCCAUAGCUCUAUCUUCUCAGAGGAGCAGGUGAGCCCUUACUCUGCCUGCCUCCACGAUGCUGUCCUGCUCUAUGCUCAGACCAUGAAGCAGAUGGUAAAGGCUGGAAGAGACUUUCGAGAUGGGCAGCAGCCAGUCAGCACUCUGAAGGCAGGCCAAGUUACUCUUUUAGGAGUCACCGGCCCUGUGUUUGUGGAUUCCCACAGGGAAAGGCACAUGGAUUACUCAGUCUAUGCACUAAAGAAAUUUGGAAAUGAGUCUCUUUUUCUUCCUUUUCUUCAUUAUGACAGCUAUCAGAAAGUAAUCAGAACCACAAGAAAUUUCUCCAACACUACUUGGCCCUAUAGUUUCCUACCUGAAGACAGACCUGCCUGUGGAUUUUACAAUGAGCUUUGCAAAAGUGAGUCUGUUUUUACAGGCAUGGCCACUAUGGUUCUUACAAUGAUUCCUGUUCUGGGAGCUACCAUUGCAGGUCUGAUCUUGAGGACGCAGAGGCGAAACGAAGACAGCUGGUGGCAAAUGAAUUAUGACAACAUCACCAUUCUUCCCCAGAACAAGCCAUCCCAGAGAGGCACACCUGUGUCAAGAGGCAGCAACAGUAACUUGUCUAGUGUGAUGACCUCUGUGGACCUCAGUUCCUUUGUCAAGAGCCAGCAGGAGGAAGAACUCUUCUAUGCCCCAGUGGGGCUUUACCAGGGAAACCACGUGGCCAUCCGCUAUGUUGGUGACCAAGCAGAAGCCUGGGUUAGGAAGCCGACUGUGCUGCAGGAAAUCCGGCUGAUGUGUGAACUGAGGCAUGGGAACAUUGUCCCCUUCUUUGGCGUUUGCACAGAACCACCUAACAUCUGCAUUGCCACUCAGUAUUGCAAAAGAGGAAGUCUUACGGAAGUUUUAAGAAACUCAGAUCAAGAAGUGGAUUGGCUGUUCAAACUUUCAUUUGCAUAUGAUAUAGUCAAUGACAGUUCUCAUAUUCCAAAAAUAAUCUCUUCUCCUACCUGUCCUUUUUUCCUUCCUGAAUUCCAGACAUUUCGGGCAUGCCCCCUGGGGUCCCACGGCAACCUGAAACCUUCCAACUGCCUGGUGGAUGGGUGGUUGCAGGUGAAGCUGUCGGGAUUUGGGCUGUGGGAACUCAAGUGUGGCCGGACAUACAGAAUAUACGAUCAGAAAACGGCUGACCACUCGGAGCUCCACUGGAUGGCCUCAGAGCUGUUGCAGCUUCCGGGUGCUCGGGCAGGCACUUCGAAGGGCGACAUUUACAGCUUCACCAUUCUGAUGAGGCUGAUUCACCACUGGGACCACGGGCCCUUUGAUGACCUCAGUGAGGUACCAGAUGGUAAAUGAAUUUCGGAAAUCAUCCACCGAAUGAAAGAUCCCACAGCAUCGGCACCUCUGUGGCCUUCCCUGUCUGAGGAGAAGGGCCAUGAAAAGAUCGUGGUCAUGGUGAGAGCCUGCUGGGAUGAAUCUCCGGAGAGAAGACCUACUUUCUCCUCCAUCAAGAAACUGUUACGAGAAGUCAGUCCCAAAGGCCAUGUGAAUCUACAAGACAGUAUGAUGAGCAAGCUGGAGAUGUAUGCCAAUCACCUAGAGGAAGUGGUGGAAGAGAGGACCAACCAGCUGAUGGCAGAGAAGAAGAAGGUGGAGAAACUUCUGUCCACAAUACUGCCCAGCUUCAUUGGAGAAUAACUCAUAGCUGGAAGAUCCGUGGAACCGGAACAUUUUGAGUCCGUGACAAUCUUUUUCUCUGACACGGUUGGAUUCACAAAGCUGAGUUCUCUCAGCUCCCCCCUGCAAGUUGUCAAGCUCUUCUAUGACCUGUACAGUGUGUUCGAUCACAUCAUUAAAACUUACGAUGUUUACAAGGCUGAAACCACUGGAGAUGCAUACAUGGUGGCUAGUGGAUUUCCCAUCCACAAUGGAAACCAGCAUGUGGACGAGAUUGCCACCAUGUCCCUGUACUUCCUCAGUGCCACUGUCCACUUCCAGAUUGGGCACAUGCCUGAGGAGAAGCUCAAGCUCUGGACUGGCCUCCACACAGGUCCUGUGGUGGCUGGUGUGGUGGGAGCCACCAUGCCCAGAUACUGUCUGUUUGGAGACACUGUGAACAUGGCAUCAAGAAUGGAAAGCAGCAGUUUGCCUCUCUGGAUCCAGGUCUCUCAGAGCACUGCAGGAGUCCUGCUGGCGUUGGGCGGGUAUGAUUUGCAGAAGAGAGGCACCAUUCCAGUCAAGGGCAAAGGAGAACAAACAACUUUCUGGUUGAAAAGCAAAGAGGGCUUCACUCUUCCACUCCCUGAAUUUACUGAGGAAGAAGCUAAGGUCCCAGAGAUCAUGUGA